AUGUAUGUGGUUAGGGCAUAUGGAUGGGUAGAUGUAAAAUGAAACUAAAUAAUGAACCUUUGAGAUCACACAUGAAGAGAAGAGAGCUAAUGUUUUCCAAAUGCUGAAUUAGGUUUUAUUUUUUGCUAAUAAGUGGAGAUUUACCAUAGAAGGGUACAUGUCAAAAGAAAAAUACACAUGCCUAAAAUACCUUAACCAAUAAUCUUAUGCAUGAGUCUACUGGUUGAAAGAGUAGAAGGGUUCAGAACUACCCAUUCAAUCAAUAACAUGGUUGAUCCUUUAGGUUCUCUCCAUCUGAUAAUAUUCUCAAAUCUGAAAUCUUAAAGAAUGGACUGUGAUGGAGCACAUGAAUGCUCAUGGAAUCUAGCCAUCAAUAAUAUUUUGUUACAUCCAGCAGUCUAUUAAAUCCCUAGCUCAAUCUCCCGGUAAAAUCUUCCUUGUAGCCUAUCCAUGUGGGAGAAAGAUAUAAGCAAAGUGGAGUCGUUGGACAUCUGAGUAGGCCUUGUAGCAAGAGCAUUCGAUGGAGUUCAUUGAUUCACCUAUUCUAGUGUUCCUAGUUCUAAGCUCACCGAGAAGCCCUGAUAUACUAAUUUAACUCACUGAUAGAAGCUGUAGUCUUUAGCUGGUCGUCCAUUGCUGAAGAUUUCUCUACACACCUCUUAACGACUAAAAUGAGUUUUGAUCUGAUCUCGUUGUCCCUAGGAAUCCCCGAUAAUAGAUAAAGAUAUAGGGAGGAAGAUAAAUUGAACAAUGCCCGAGAGCUAGAGGAUCUCCUCAGUCAUCAUGGCUAUGGUUUUGGCUUCUUGAGAGGCAUUUUCUGUUGCCGUCAGCUAUUAUAUGUGUGAAUACUUGUAACCUGGUGGAUUUGCAUUCACGUAUGCAUCUAUAAAGGUAAGUAAAUGUAAGAAGCUCUUUAUAGAGGAUGAAUGGAAAAAAAUGAUCUGAAAGUUUCAACGACGUAAAUGAAAUACACCAAAUAUUUCAGCUGACUUUUGGUUUUUAAUUGUCUUCUAGAACAAGCCAAAAGCCUCAGCUUUGGACGAGAAUUUUACAUGCAUGAAAAAACAGUUAGAAAUUAAGGUCUUUCCAAUCAGACGAUGAAGUGCCUUGACUUCUAUAUUGAACAGGAGCCUCAGGAUGUUACCUCGUUCACCUUGAGUCAUAGAAAACUUUUUAAUACUGAAUUAAAACACGAAAAUUUUAAUCAAAUUCUCUUCUAUGUUACAAAAAUCAGUAUUGGAAGAAUUUCUCCUAAAACAUCGGGAUAAUUGAAAUCAAUUAAACCCCUAGUCAUUAAAGUGUAAGAACUGUGGAAUUAUAAAGUUGAUGGAUGAUGACGUUUGAUGAGCAAUGUGGGCCUUCAUUUUUCGGGAAACACUAAAGGUUUCAAAGAAAAUAGGACGGGACCACGAAAAGCCCCCGCGCCCAAAACCACUGCAUCCGCCGCAAGGAUCCAGAGAAACGGCGGAAUCAUACGACAGACGAGAACGGACCACGCCGCAAACGACGAAAGUUUCCCACCGUCGCCGUACCCAACUCGCCUUCCAUUUCGUUGGCUAUCUGAUGGUGAUCGAAGGUAAACCAGAGGCAUCACCGAGGGAUCCAGGGAAGCUGGGGCAGAUUCACUGCAGUCCCUCUUCAGAAGAGGAUUGUGAAAGAGCUCUAGAGGCCCCCGGAAAAGUCGUCGCCAACUUCCUCCCAAUCAUAGAAUAUGCCAAAUGACAUCAGACACCAGAAUUAUAUUACUUUGGCAACUACAAUCUUCUGUCAAAAAGAUCAUACGGAGCUGGUGUCUCAAACGUGACAUCGUGCUCUCUCUCUCUCUCUCUCUCUCCCUCCUGUUAUCAUAUAAUACAUAAAACGUCAUACGUAAAGUCAAUGAUAUUUAAAUUAGCAUGCACAGAAGACAAUAUUGAAAGAUAUGGAUAUGGAGCUAUCACAAAUUCCUGUAGUAAUGGAUAUGAUCCUAAAUUUCCUGAUUUUAAUUUAGAUAAGUCAAACAGUCGUAAAAUAUUUGGGACCUACGACUUUGAAACCGUAUUCGGUUCAUACUUCGAUCGGCGCCCACAGAUUCAAUACUUUCUAAGCCUGAAUUCAAUCUAGUCAAAGCAGUGUUGUUCGUCCCCACGAGAAGAGCAACUUCACAAGGGUCAGAAGGUGGUUAUGGAAUUCCAGGCGAUCAGAGGCACACAGAAUCUAUGCCACGGGUAGCGCUAAAAAUAUGAAAUAGAUAAGCGAUUUAUCCAAAUAUUAAAUUACACUAAUAUUAAUUCAUUUAAAUAUUUAAACAUUAUUCGUCGUCAUGGAUCACGUACCUUGAAAGACGAAACUGAGACUUUAUAAUUUGUCUGCAGUCAAUUCAUUCGAGUAAGAUAAUUUAUGCUUAAGGGUAUUUAG